AUGAGGCUUAUGAAGGUGCAGUUGUUAGCCUUAACCGUUCUGUGUAGCAAGGUAAUAAAAUCUCAAGAUACGGACUCUACAGAAGGUAUAAAGGUUGCUAAUUUAACUGAUAGGGACGAAGCUAUAGAUUAUUUGGCAUCUGAAAUUCAUGAAGAAGGAUUGCAAAAGGCAUUAAGUGAUGUUUUAAGUGAGAAUUUUCAAGUAGAUAAUGAUGGUAAACAUGAUCCCCAAUUAAUAACUAUGGAUGAGCCACCAAAAUAUAAAUUUGACGAAGUGCUAGAGUUGACGCCGCUGCCUAAAAACGCGUUACUAAGCUCCUUCCAGUUUUUUAUGAAAUCAAACAACUUUACUGUUGGGAAAAGCGACCAGAGUUUUGACCAGUUUGGUCAUUAUACUGUGUUUCCUAAAGCAAUUAGACCUUUAAUGGACAAUACUAAUACCAGAAAUCUCCAUUUGAGAUUCACUAAGGGAGUGUGGGACUACGAAAUGUGGGGUCAGCUUCCUCAUAAUGGUCUAAAAUCAGGCGGUUCUGGUGUGGAACUAUGGGCUGUCAUUGAGGCUCCUAACAAAGAUACAGCGUUUAAUAAGUGGAUAAAAUUAGCCAACUCGCUUAGCGGGUUGUUUUGUGCUUCUAUUAACUUUAUUGAUGCUUCUUCUACGACAUUCCCUGUGUCCGCUUUCCAACCGUACGAUGAGGAUGGAAUUCCAUUAUUCGAUCCAUCCAACCGCCUCUAUUUGCUCCGAGCAGCGCUUGCAAAUGAGCCUAUUUGUACUGAAAACUUGACUCCAUUCCUAAAGUUAUUACCAACAAAGGGAAAGCAAGGUAUUUCGACAUUACUGGAUGGCCAUAAGGUGUUUGAUUCACGCUGGCAUUCGCUGUCCAUCGAUAUUACUACACAGUGUGAAGAUAACGGAGUGUGUCACUAUAACAUGGAGGAGUUCAUAGAGACGGUUGUAAAUAUUCCUAAUACUAUUUCAAGGCUCGAAAAACCAAUACCUAAGCCAGUAGAUGGUUCUGAAUUGCGGUGCGACAAAACAAAAUAUUAUGAUUCAUGGACUUGUUUUCCACUUCCAGAAAGUACGAACGUCAAAUAUGAACUAUCAAAUAUUUUUGGUUAUUAUAUUAUGGGGGGGAGUUCAUUAUCUGAAACAUCUUCUAAGAUUUGUGUUCGUGUUCCUGACAGUUGGAAGGUGUUAAUCAAGGUCGACAAUUCCUAUUUCUCCACAGGUAAUAACUGUUUUGAUGUUAGAGGAGAAAGAUGGCACGAUGUUUAUAUAGAAACGAAGGAUUCGAGCCAGGUCGAACCAAUCAAAGAUUCUCCUGUAUAUGUUACUCGUUCUUUGACUGUUUAUGGACAAGAUAAAGGUGGAUUGCGGACUGUGUUCAGGAAUCCCGCCUCCUCCCCUGUAAAACUUCUUUACUUUGAAUCCCUACCUUGGUAUAUGAGGCUAUAUCUAUCGACAUUGGAAAUUGAGAGCGACUCAGGCUUGACUAUAAAGGACGUCAUAAAGUCUACUUAUUAUUUACCUGCUUCUGAUCGUGAAAGACCGUCCCAUUUGGAAUAUGAAAUGACAAUUCCACCUAAUACAACAUUUUCAUUAACAUACCAGUUCGACAAAUCUUUACUACAAUAUUCUGAAUAUCCACCAGACGCAAACCAUGGUUUUGAAAUAGAAUCUGCAGUAGUUACAGUAUUGUCACCCAUCAAAUACGAAUUUAGGACCGCUACCUUAUUGCUAACUUUGGCCACACCUGACUUUAGUAUGCCUUACAAUGUCAUUAUUCUGACUUCCACUGUUAUGGGGCUAGUUUUCGGUACGCUGUUUAAUAUGCUUGUAAAGAAGAUAAUUACUGUCCAAGAAGCAGAUGAAAUCAUCGCAAGAAAUGGGCCCCGUGCUAACUUAAGGAAGUUAAAACAAAAAUUGCUGAACUUCAGGAAAUCAAAUACACAUAAGGUAAACUAA